AUGCUUAGACCAAUUCCUUUCCUGGCUCUACGGGCCUUCAGCUCCUCCUGCCGUUCCCUUGCCGAGUUCUCACAUGUUGUGAUAGGCGGUGGUGUCGUUGGAACGGCAAUUGGCUCGGAACUCCAGGCAGUAGCUGGAAAUAACGUGUUGCUCGUGGAACAACACAGCCACUUGGCCACGGAAACCACGUCUAGAAACUCAGAGGUGAUACAUGCGGGCUUGUAUUACCCCAAGGACUCAUUGAAGGGCAAAUUGUGCAUUCGAGGCAAGAACAAGAUCUACCAGGCUGCGGAAACUGGCAAGUUUCAAGUGGACUUUUUGAAAUGUGGAAAGUGGGUGGUUGCUCAGGACGAAUCGGAAGCUGCGUACUUGGAGAAGUUGGCCAAGAACUCAGCCGAGAAUGGGGUUCCUGUGUCGUUUGUGUCGCCCUCCCAGGCCAGGGCCAGACUUCCAUUGAUUCGAGCUGAGUAUGGUGCGUUGGAAAGUCCCACCACUGGAAUCAUUUCAGCUCAUGACUACACCGUUUUCUUCCAGGGCCAGUUCGAGAAUAAUGGAGGAACCAUUGGGGUCAAUUCCACUUUGGUAGGGGUCCAGUUCGACCGGGGAACGUCGUCAUAUACUCUCGGACUCCAGGACGAGUCAGGAGAACAAUUUGAAAUCACUGCAGAUAACCUCGUCAACGCAGCAGGUCUUCAUGCCCCCAGAGUGUCAAACAUGUUGCUUCCUCCAGAGAGGCACCUCCGCAGCUAUUUUGCAAAAGGCACCUAUUUUUCCUACGAAGGAAAGUCCAAAAUCACCGACAAGUUGAUUUACCCAUGCCCCAAUCCCAACGCCUCAUCGUUGGGGACCCACCUCACGUUCGAUUUGGGGGGACAAUUGAAGUUUGGGCCUGAUUUGGAAUGGUUGGAUAUCGAAAACGCCAGCGAAAUAGACUACACUCCGAGUGCAGGCAAUCUCGAGGCUGCUUAUGAGGCAGUGGAAAGGUAUUUUCCACGAGUUAGAGAGGGCAGGUUGGUGGCAUCUUACUCUGGAGUCAGGCCAAAAAUCUUCUCUGCGGCCGAUAACAAGAAGAAGUUUGCUGAUUUCAUUAUCCGGGAAGAGGAAGGAUUUCCAGGCUUUGUCAACUUGAUAGGCAUUGAGAGCCCAGGAUUGACUGCUUCGUGGGCUAUCGGAGAGUAUGUGAGGGAUAUUUACCACUUGUAA